UGUAUGUCGCAGGUGUGGCCUUAAAAAAAUUUUUUUACAAGGUUCUCAAGUCCUUGCAGCCUUACUAUGGCCUCAAGUUAGAACAACCUUCCAAUUCCCUGACUUUACUGAAGUCUUUGCAGCAACCAGGAUUAUCCAAUCCUACCUGAGACCCUGUCUAUCUCCCUCUUAUCUGAUUCCUGCUUAUCCUUCAGGUCCUAGCUUGGGUGUCCUUUCAUCCCAGAAAGGAACCUUCCCUGGCUUACCAGGCUAGGGUGGGCAGCUCCCUUAGCCCUGUGGGUCCACCGGAGCCCUGGCCACUCAGGGUCACUGGUAACACCGGACCCAUUAACCUAGGGCAAAUCAGGACUGAGAUCUCCUCUCCACAUCUAGGAUUCUCCAGGUCCUAGAAUAUAAAAGUGGUAAAUCCAAUCUAUGAUCUCAUUACCUAUCUCAUGCUAACCAGAGAUUAGGUUUGAUGACAGAAUCAAGAGCCAGGGCUUAGUAAAUAUUCUUGGAAGUGGUGAAGAAAUAAGACAAUAGACUUGGGGUCUAAACAUGAGCCCAGGCCCUGGAGAAUGGUCAUUCAAACCAUCCCCAAAUUAGGCAUGCUGGUGUCGAGUCACAGCAAUGCAGUUUGAACAAUGUUUCCCUCCUGAUAUUCCAAUUUCCUAGCAGUUCAGGUUAGGGGCAGAGGUUGCCCGGAAGGGCCUAUCUGACCCUGGCGCCCUUUCCCUUCCCGACGGGAGGGCGGGGCGAGCACGCAUGCGCAUAGGAAGGUCCGCCCUCAUCCCGGAACUUCGGUUCCUGGUGCUGCGGGGCCCCGGGCCCCGGGAGUGUGCUCAGCCGGAAGUGGCCUCCGGGAGUGUGCAACUGGGAUUGGCGUACAGAGCUUAUCACGGCGGUUAACGAGUCGUAGGAAAUCAGGAUGGAGGCCGUGGCAGCCGCGGCAGCGGCGAUGGAACCCGGUGAAGGCUGCAGGGAGCCCAGUCCUGGGCACUGGGGGGAGCUGAGCUGGACGCCAAUCCCAUCCAGACCCCAGGACAAGGCAGAAGCAGCAGAGGGAGUGCCAAGGGCCCUGGACACUGACUCCCCGGAGGUCAAGAAUGCAGCAGUGAGUGCCAUGCUGCACGCCGUGGCUGCCAGCCGCCUGCCCGUGUGCAGCCAGCAACAGGGCGAGCCCGACCUGACCGAGCAGGAGAAGGUGGCCAUCCUGGGCCAGCUGUACCACGAGAAGCCGCUGGUGUUCCUGGAACGCUUCCGCACGGGCCUCCGGGAGGAGCACCUAGCCUGCUUCGGCCACUUGCGUGGUGACCACCGUGCAGACUUCUACUGUGCCGAGGUGGCCCGGCAAGGCACCGCCCGGCCCCGCACCCUGCGCACCCGCCUGCGUAACCGCCGCUACGCUGCCCUGCGUGAGCUCAUCCAAGGAGGCGAGUAUUUCAGUGACGAGCAGAUGCGGUUUCGGGCCCCGCUGCUCUACGAGCAGUACAUCGGGCAGUACCUGACCCAAGAGGAGCUCAGCGCCCGCGGCCCAGCCCACCAGCCACCCAAACCUGGCCCCGCCGGCACACCUGCCUGCCCACUCUCCGACCUGCUGCUCCAGUCCUACCAGGAGCGGGAGCUGCAGCAGCGGCUGCUCCAGCAGCAGGAGGAGGAGGAGGCCUGCUUGGAGGAGGAGGAAGAGGAGGAGGACAGUGACGAGGAAGACCAGAGGCCCGGCAAAGACUCAGAGGCCUGGGUCCCAGACUCAGAAGAGAGGCUGAUCCUGCGGGAAGAGUUCACCAGCCGGAUGCACCAGCGCUUCCUGGACGGCAAGGAUGGGGACUUCGACUACAGACGCUGCGCAGUGUGCAGGGGGCGUGAGCAGCACCCCGGCCUCCACUCACUGGGAGUAACAACCGAAAGGUCUCCAGUCAUCACAAAUGUCGCCUGGGGGGCAAAAAUCUUCCGGUUGAGAACCACUGCCCCAGGGAGACAUGGGCCCAUGUGUUGCCACAUCUUCCAACUUUUCAAGAGAAAUCAGAAGUUUUCAUGUAAAAUCUCUGCUUUGGAAAAUGUUGCCUUUUGUUUGAAGCCCUGAGAGACCCCACCGAACCCAGCUGUAAGUUAGCUCCAACUUACAGCUGCCAGCACACGGCCCCAGCUCCCCCAGAGGGUGAGAAGGGAGGAGGCCGGGGCGCGGGCAGAGCCAGCGCCUCACAGCCCCCUCCCGCCGCAGCACCGUGGAUGACAACCCUGACUUCGACAACCUGGACAUCGUAGCCCGGGAUGAGGAGGAGAGGUACUUCGAUGAGGAGGAGCCCGAGGACGCGCCCAGCCCAGAGCUGGAUGGGGACUGACGGACCCUGCCCCCCGCCGACAAGGCCACUGAUUUCGGGCCUGCCCUGCGACUUUCUCUAGGCCACAGAAGGGUGGCCACCCCACACCACCAGCCUCGCUGGGUCUGGUCCCAUCUCGGGUCUUGGCAGCCCCCUCCCCACGAUGCCUGGCCUUCCCUUCUCUCCCCCCACCUCAGUUUCCUUCUCCCCCAACCUGCCCCUCUCUAUCCUCCUCUCUCCCUCUCCUCUCUUUCUCCCUCUCUUUCUCGUUCUCUCUUCCCCCACCCUUCCUCUCUGCCUUUCUCUCCAUCUCUGUGCCUUGGCCUCUGUCCCCACAGCAGGCCCCCGUCAGUAUCCUCCUCUUGCCCGAGGCCAGUGGGGCCCUUUGUGUCUGGAGCCGGCCAGGUCGGCCCAGAGCGGCCCUCUGCCUCUGCCUCCCCCUCCCGGCUCUGCUCUUCCUCCACCUCUGAGCCUUGCCUGUGAAGUUCCUUCAGCCUCACUCUCUGGGCCUGUGGCACUGCCUGUCGGUAUCUUUCCAUCUCUGCCAGCCUCCAGGCUGGCUCUGUCCCUCUCUGUCUCUCAGCCUUUAUCUCUGGGUUUCGCUGUCUUUCCCCCACCUCCCCCCCACAGGCCUGGGCAUCCCCCAUCCUGGCUGCUGUGGCCAACAUAACUGUGACAGCUGAGUGAUCCAGCCUGGCCGUGGGCAGCGGGAAGACCCUGGGGGUGGCCACCAGCUCUCACCUCUCCCUGGAGACCCAGGUUUGGGAGAGGUGGGCGGGGCUGACACGGGUCAUGGGCGGGCCAGGCUGGGCAUGGAGGGAGGGAGACUCCCUCCCAGCCUCACUAGCCCCCCUCUGCCCAGCCACAAUUUUCCCUUCCUUCACUUCCUCCACCUCCCUCUCCUCUCCUGUUUACACUCCCCAAAUACGCACAGGCUGUUAUCAUGGGUCCUGAGUCAUCCACACAGCCUGCCCCGGCCUCCCUGCCCCCAGCGCCGCAGAGCCGCCCCAGAGCCCCCUGCCGCCCCAGGCUAAUAGGAGCCAGAUGGCCGCCUGGUGACUCAGCCACUGGCCUGUGGGAACCCAGGCAACCUGCCUUCCCAUGCCCCCCACCCCCAGCUCCUGCUCCCCCAGUGGACACACACCGAGGGGCAGCUGCUAGCAGGAGAGGACACGGGCCAUGGUCGGAGAGGUGGGGCCUGGGGACCCCUUACUCCUGUGAGCCAGAGUGGUGGCAUCCUGCCAUGGCCAAGCCCGAAGGACCCUCAGAACCGCCUCCACCAGCUUGCAGCCCAGAGAGGGGAAUACCCCAAGGACUCCUGGGGCCACAGCUCUUGACCCCUGGGGCCUUGGCUCUGCCUUGUGGGUCAAACGGAAUUAGAGCCAGACGUAAAAAGUCAGAGCUGGAUGGAGGCUGAAGGGUCUUCAGACAGAGAGACUGUUAAGUAAGGUUGCUGAGAGGUUGUGUCCGAUUCCAGGCCCCAGCGAGGUGCCACUCCAUAGGUGGGUCAUGGGAGGCCCAGAAAGGGGAUGUCACGUACUAAAGGUCAUCAGAGAUGGAAACCCAGGUGUAGAAUCACAAGCCCCAGAGACCACCCUACUGGCCUGCCUGUCUGCUACCAGGGCCACACGAGCCGACAGACACACAGACGUCCUCAGGUGGGAGAACCGAAGGAGACUUAGCCACUGAGGAGGCUAACAACAGCCAACACCUUUGGGGGCCUCUCGGUGUUGAGGCCCUUGCCAGUGUGCUAUCCGUCUCCCACAGGAGGCUCGAGGCAGCCCCGCCAGCUAGGCUCCAGGUUGACAGAGAUGUCUGUCCCUCAGGUGCUCCUGUUUGUGCCCUCAGGUGAGAGCCAGCCCUGGGUGAGGUGCACGUUUUUCACCAGUCUAUCAUUUGAUCAUUAAAUCUGUUUGUGAUAUACUUUGCUGUACA